AUGGAGACAGCAGUUGAUCAGCAAGAAGAGCAGCGAAGGGAGCUGCAGCGAAGAUACGAAGCCAUAGAGGCGGAGCGGCAGUCCGCGGCUGCUGCAACGCAGCGGACGCUGCAGGCCAACUAUUCUUCUUUGGUGCAGCUAAAAGCUGAAAAUGAAUAUUUGCUGCAGCACCUCAAGGCUUUGAAGGCCCAGACUGUCCUCACCAGCAGCGAGCACAUCGAGAGAAAGAGCGAGGAGUUGGCUCGGCUGAGGACUCAAUUAGAUAAACAGAAAAACAAAAAUGCGAUUUACCGGCAGCAGCUUGAUCAGCUGCAGGACAAGCUCAAGGACCUGGAGUUGGCAUCUGUUAAGCCCUGCACUGAAGACUCUCCGGAGAUUCGCUCUAUGCGCUUAAUUGAGGGCCGACUAGACCAGGCAAGCAGCAGCAGCAGCAGCAGCACCAGCAACAACAGCAGCAGCAGCAGCACCAGCAACAACAGCUGCAGCAGCAGCAACAGCGGCAGCAGCAGCAGCCGCAACAGCAGCAGCAGCAGCAGCAGCCGCACAGCAGCAGCAGCAGCAGCAGCGAAGCCACCGUCAGCGCUGGAAAGCCCGCGGGAAGCAGCAGAAGCUGAAGCCUGCGAGGCGGCGCUGCGGCUGCUGAAAGAAGCUGCUGGAGUCUCCGACGCAAAUAAAGUCAUUGAACACUUUCUCUCGCAAAGCCAUACUUACGAGCAGCUGCUUUGCCUCGCGCACAAGGUGGAAUUGGAGGACGAUGAUGGGGAUGCUGCUGCUGCUGCUGAUGGUGCGGAUGACGCUGAUGAUGCUGCUGCUGCUGAUGAUGAUGCGAAUGAUGCUGUUGAUGCUGCUGAUGAAGUGGAUGAAGCUGCUGCUGCUGCGGAUGCUGCGGAUGCUGCUGCUGCUGCUGAUGCCGACGAUCCUGAUAAUGCUGUUGAUGCUGCUGCUGCUCUUCCUGGGGACUGGGAAUGCGAUGGGGUGCUGCUGCUGCUGUUGCUGUUGUUGUUGCUGCUGCUGCUGCAGCUGGAAGAAAGACGGUUUGCUUCUGUCUCCUCGGGCCUAGUGCGCGGGGAGAGCCUCCCUCCGGAAGCAGCAGAAGCAACUGCUGCUGCAGCAAAGCAGCAUCUGCAGCGGGAGCAGCAAACCCACCAGCGCUUGCAGCAGCUGCUCUCAGAGCUGCAGACAGGAGUUGGUUUCCUCACUGAAAAGCUCACCAGUGCGCAGCAGCAGCUGGGAUUCCUGCCGAAGCUGCAGCAAGAUGCCUCCCUGCCAGAUAUUUUCUCUUUCUGCUGCACUGUCACAAAGGCAUUGGUAGAAGCAGUGAAGACGUUGCCAAAGGAAAACACAGCAGCAGCAGCUGCUGCAGCAACAGCAGCAUAUGACGCAGGUGAAGACGAAGAGGAGAACAAGCAGCAGCAGGAAGAACCAGAAGACAAAACUGCUGCGGUGGCAACAGAAGAACCAGCAGCAGCAGCAGCGGCAAACAAAGAAGAGGCACCAUCUGAAGUAGCUGCUGCACCAGAUGCAGCAGCGGCAGAGGGUGGGGAAUCUGCAGCAGCAGUACAAGAGGAGCAGCAGCAAGACCCUUGA